CUAUUUCGUAAUACAAUGUGAAUGCUAUCUAUCUAAAAUCUUAGUUAAAUUGUGUUAACGUAUUUAAUUUCUCUAGAAAAUUUAUAUAUUAAUUUAAGAAUGAGCUAUCAGAAAAGGCAUACACAUUGCUAAAUUAAUUUUAAAAAAUUGCUAAUUAAUUAAAAAAAUUUCUUUUAAUGCGAAUUUGAUACGGAUAUUACAAAAGAUGUUGACUCUCUUAAGACAAGUACCUUACUUCCAAAAUAGAAAAUAUGUGCUUUCUAGCUUUAGGUGUACCUAUUCUAGAAGACUUCCUGCUAUUUUGUCUAAACUGAACUUUGGAGAUCCUACUAAUAAUGCUACUGAAAAGAAAGGUUAUGGCGAAAAAGAAAUCUGCUUGCUUACAGAAAUUGAUGGCAGAACUCCUUUGCCUGGAAAUAUGGGUGGGCUUCCUCUGCAGCUAUUAUAUACAACUAAAAUUCAAAAUCUACCAACCCCAACUGGUGAUAAAUGGGAAGCAUCUAUGCCAUUAGUUGAAGAAAAAUACAAAUCCAUACUUUCUCAGUAUGCAUAUAAUGUAGUAGAUACAGCUAUGUCCAUAUCUAACAAAGUAGAAUGUAUUGCUCAUGAAUGUCCUAUCCUUUUAAGAAGAGAUUUUUUGAAACUGUUUCCUGCACGAUACUUAGAUGAAAAUCUCACACUUGUAACUUUGUGUCUAAGAACUGAAAAUGAUAUGAGUACUUGGAGUGAAGAAGCAGAAAAAGAAAGAGAAAAAUUAAAUCAAUAUUUCAUCACGUCUGCUAAAGCCAUUACCAGAUUUUUAGGUCGGCAGAAUUUUUGGGCUGAUUUUGUUCAUCCAAAUACUGGAAAACCAUAUUCCAGCCCUUUAGUGGAUGACGUUAUGUUUGAGACGGACUUGCGAUAUCGCAAUUUUGGAUUGCAAAUUGAAGAUUUGGGUUGCUGUAGAAUCAUUUCCCAUCCCAUUUGGGAAACAAAUGUUUUUGUCGGUGCCAUUUUUACUAAUGCGCCACUUGACUGCUUUGAGGUUAAUUGCAUUAAACAAAGAACAUUGUACCCAGUCUUGGCUCAUGCCAAAGGCACUCCUUUAUGAUUUAAAUCUCAUUCUUGAUUUCUUGGUUAGAAUUAUGGAAAAAAUUCUGAAUUUUAAGAUAUCUUUAUAUUCUUUUUAUGUAUUUUAUUUCCAAAAUGAUAAUAAUAAAGGAAAAUACUGCUAUAUUUUUUCAUGAA